AUGUGUUCGGGCUUGACACAGGCUCGGUUCUGGCUCGGUCGGUCUAGUUCGGUAGCUAGCCAGUGGCUCAGGCCAAGUCCGCGGAUAGCUCCAGGUGCACCUGGUGCGGCGGCUUGCCUCGGCCCUGCACUCGAUUUGGUUGCUGGUAGCUCACGUGCCCUCAGGCACGGCCACGGUCUUCGGCUGCUCGAUAAAAGCCUCAAACGGCUUCCGUUAUACUCGCACGGGCCCAAAAGGGCUGUCCUUGCUGCUCGAGCCGCUAAACGAAGGCCGACGGGGGUGCCGCUGCAAACGGGGCGCACGGCGGUGGAGUUCUCUUCUCCGGCAGAACUUAGAGUGGACAGUCGGCUAAAGUUCCUGCUCGUCUGCUCUAUGAAGGGCUGA